CCGCGGUCCCUAACCCGCGGAUUUACAAUCAACGAUUUACGCGUCGGUCAGCCCCGGGACCCGCUUCAGCCCCCCCUCCCUCCCCUCGGCCCGAUUUCGCGAACAUGCGGUGGUUGGGGUCUCCGGCCAUGUUUGAGGUUGAUCCCUGAUCCAUAUUGCAGCAGCAGCGGUCUGGUUGCUCUGAGCUCAUGAUGUCCAGUAGCUCGGGCUACCCCCCCAGCCAGGGGACCUUCAGCAGUGAGCAGAACCGAUUCCCACCACAGUCUGUGCAGUACACCUUCAGCAACACACGCCAUCAACAGGAAUUCACUGUCUCAGACUACCGGGCUCACAUGCAGGAUCCGCAAGGUCGGAGAAGACCUUCCCUGCUCUCAGAGUUCCACCCUGGAACUGAAAGGCCUCCAGAGAGGCGCCAUGGCUACGAGCAGCAGUUCCACUCCAUCACCACCCAGCCUGAGCACGAGGCCUUGGAGGCUAAACGUCCCCGCAUGGAGACCAUCUCUGAGGCCCAUAUCACCCGUACCCCAAACACUGCUGGGGGCAUUGUCUUGCCCCUGCCCCAUGCAGUUCAGGACAGCCUUAGAACCACCAUGGAGGCUAAGAAGGAGUCACAGUACACUGUCAAAGUGGAGUCCUCAUCCCCAGGAGGACCAGCACUUCACAUGGGGGAGGAGCAGGACGCUUCUCCUUCCAAACUGUCGAAGGAGGAGCUGAUCCAAAGCAUGGAUCGCGUGGAUAGGGAAAUUGCUAAAGUGGAGCAACAGAUCUUCAAACUGAAGAAGAAGCAGCAACAACUGGAAGAGGAAGCAGCAAAGCCAGUGGAGCCAGAAAAGCCAGCGACCCCUCCCCCAGUGGAGCACAAGCACCGGAGCAUAGUCCAAAUUAUCUACGAUGAGAACCGGAAAAAAGCUGAAGAGGCACAUAAAAUACUUGAAGGUCUUGGUCCCAAGGUUGAACUGCCCCUGUACAACCAGCCAUCGGAUACGAAAGUGUACCACGACAACAUAAAGACCAACCAAGUUAUGAGGAAGAAGCUAAUUCUGUUUUUCAAGAGGAGGAACCAUGCCCGUAAACAAAGGGAGCAGAAAAUCUGCCAGCGCUAUGACCAACUGAUGGAGGCUUGGGAGAAGAAGGUGGAGCGAAUGGAGAACAACCCCAGACGCAAAGCCAAGGAGAGUCGAACCCGGGAGUACUACGAGAGGCAGUUCCCAGAGAUUCGCAAGCAGAGAGAGCAGCAAGAGCGCUUUCAGAGGGUCGGACAAAGAGGAACAGGCCUCUCUGCAACUAUAGCAAGAAGUGAACAUGAGAUCUCUGAAAUCAUUGAUGGCCUUUCUGAACAGGAGAACAACGAGAAGCAGAUGAGACAGCUGUCAGUCAUCCCCCCCAUGAUGUACGACUCCGAGCAGCGGCGAGUGAAGUUCAUUAACAUGAAUGGCUUGAUGGAUGACCCGAUGAAGGUGUACAAAGCCCGGCAGUUCAUGAAUGUUUGGACUGAGCAUGAGAAGGAGAUCUUUAAGGAGAAGUUUGUCCAACACCCAAAGAACUUUGGCCUUAUUGCUUCCUAUCUAGAGAGAAAGUGUGUGGCAGACUGUGUACUGUACUAUUACUUGACUAAGAAGAACCAGAACUACAAGACCUUGGUGAGGCGCAAUUAUGGAAGACGGAGAGGAAGGAACCAGCAGAUAACACGCCCCUCACAAGAAGACAAGUCAGACGACAAAAACGAGGAGGAGAAAUCGGAGAAGUCUGAGAAAAAGGAGGAAGAGGAGAAGAAGGACGAGGAGGAGAAAGAUGAGAAGGACGAAUCCAGGGACAUUAGCAAGGACAAAGACAAAUGUGACGGUGGGGAGGACGAGGACGGUAAGGAGCAAAACACGCCACGUGGCAGAAAGACUGCCAACAGCCAGGGCCGCCGCAAGGGAAGAAUCACCACCCGCUCCAUGGCCAACGAGGCUGCAUCUGUGGCGGCCGAGGAGCCGCCUCCCCCAGCCCCAGAGCCGGCCCUGUCGGAGCCUCCACAGCUCCCUAAACCUGAGCCAGCCCAGAAGGCCAUGAGGGAGCCCCCCAAACCCCAAACACCAGUAACUGCCAUGGAUGUUAAUAAAGCUGGCUCCGUUGAAACCGGGGAAACUUCUCGCUGGACCGAGGAGGAGAUGGAGAUCGCCAAAAAAGGGCUUGUCGAGCAUGGACGUAACUGGACAGCCAUUGCCAAAAUGGUGGGCACCAAAAGUGAGGCACAGUGCAAGAAUUUCUAUUUCAACUACAAGAGACGACACAACCUUGACAACCUACUUCAGCAGCAUAAGCAGGAUAACCGGCGGGCUCAAGCUGAUAGGUCACAAGGGGAAGGUGUGGCCACAGCAUCAGCUGAUGACGAUGACAACCCAGAUGAUAGUGAAGGUGGUGACAACAGCUCCGACACAGAGAGCGCCCCGUCUCCCUCCCAGACAGACUCCUCCAAGGCCAUGGACUCCAAGAGAGCGGACGGCAUUGCGGCAGACGGUCAGGGCUCCGAGCAGGACAGAGGUAACGCGAACGCUCAGGAUCCUCCAUUCGGGGAGCUGCGCGUCAAGCAAGAGAAGAGCCCUGAGGCAGAAGCCGGCUCUCAGGAAGAAAGGGCCCGGCUGGCUGCCUACGUGGGGCCAGUGCAUCCCAAGAUUGAACCACAGGACAUGGACAUGAAGGCUGGAGAGUUUCAGGUCAAGAUGGAGCCUGAGUCCAAGGAGAAAGGGGAGAAGGGAGACCAUGGUGAGAGGCAGAGGGAGCUCCACUCAGAUAAUGAUUCCAGCGCCACCUGCAGUGCUGAUGAGGAUGUGGAGGCAGAGCCGGAGAGACAGAGAAUUUUCUUAAUGGACAAGCCUUCAUUGCUGAGCCCGCCAGGAUCUGUGCUGGUUUCUUCAGCCAAGCAGGCCCAACUGAACAUUCAGCAAAUGCAGCAGCGGGCAGCUGCCAUCCCGCCCAUGGUACCUGGUCCUUUUGGCGCUGGGGGCAUGCCUAUCAGCGGCUAUGCCAUGUUCCAGCACCAGAUCAAAGCAGUGCACGAGUCAGCGCACCAGGAGGACAAGCAGAGGCAGGAUCAGGGGGACCUGGAGCUCAGACCCCCCAACUGCCCAGGCUUCAACACCCGCAGCCCCACCAUACUUGACAGAGAUGGUAAACCCUUCCCCUACAUGCCCUAUGACAUGAAGCUGGCUCUGGACCAGGAGGCUCACUCUGGUCGGCCAGACUCUCCCUACAGACUCUCCCCCAGGGAGCUGAGCAAAGCCUCGCCCCAGCCCGACCCCACCGUCCCCAAUGCCUCUCGCUACAGUGUGCCUCCAGUCCUCCAUCCAGCCCCCAACCAGCUGGUCCAGAGUCUGCCGGAUGGAGUCCGGGUGACUUUCAACCGACACAGUCGACCUCCCAACAUUCCAUCUCCUCCUCCCCUCAUUCCAACCUCCAAGCCCACAGACAAGCCGUCCUUCAUCCAAGGAGGUUCCAUUUCCCAGGGAACUCCUGGCACAUACCUGCCAUCCCAUGCAGUCUAUGGGCCAGAGGGGACAAAGAGCUCUGUGGGCUCUAUAUCACUGGGUCUGCCCCGGCAGCAGGAUCCCAACAAGCCUGGAGGCCCGAUGCCAUCCAUUCAGGAUGGCAGGGGAAACCCAGCCAAGGUGGGUGAGGGCCUGGCUUUCAGAGGAUCUAUCACCCAGGGUAUACCAGCACUGCCCCAGUCCAGCAUUGCUGCAGACCUUCUGAAGGGUACAAUCACUAAGCUGGCCACAGAGGACCUUAGUAACCCAGACAAGGCCAGGGGAGAGCAGCUGGCUAAAGGCCAUGUCAUCUACGAGGGCAAGAGUGGACACAUCCUCUCCUAUGAUGCCAUCAAGAAUCCGAGGGAAGCCACCCGCAGCCCCCGAACUGGCCAUGAGCUGAAACGCACUUACGAUAUGAUGGAGGGACCCAUGGCCAGAGGACAUCCUGGCAGGGAGGGAGCUCCUUUUGAGGGGUUAAUUAGCAGAGCCCUUCCCAGAGAAGGUCUCCAUGGAGACUCUAAGGAGAGGCCGCUGAUAACUGGAUCCAUUAUGCAAGGGACUCCUCGCACCUCUGCAGAGGCCUACGAGGAUAGCCUCAAAUACGGGAAACAGAUAAAGCGUGAGAGUCCGCCCAUACGCUCUUUUGAAGGGGGCAUUGGCAAGGGCAAGCCCUACGAGGGAGUGAACACUAUCAAAGAGAUGGGUCGUUCCAUCCACGAGAUUCCCCGACAAGACCAAUCUGGCCAGGAUAGCCGCAAGACGCCUGACAUGUCUGACAGGAGGGUUAUGGAGGGCUCCAUAUCUCAGGUUCACUCUUUGAACCAGCCUACUAUCAAGCAUAAUGUCAAGUCCCUUAUCACCAGUCCCAGUAAGCUGCCCCAUACUAUACCCCAACUGGAGGCCAUGGAACGAGCCAAGUACGAGGAGAGCAAAGCUGUUGCGGAGCGAGUGCGUCACACCUCCGUGGUCAACUCAACCACCUCUGUUCUGCGCUCCACACAUCAGGAGGCUGGUAAAUCCCAACUUAGCCCGGGCAUGUAUGAGGACACCAAUGCCCGCAGAACCCCUGUCAACUAUAGCACCAACCCUGUAUCGAGAGGAUCACCCAUGCUGGGACGAGGACCAGAGGGAGGUAUGACCUCUGGGAAAACUACACCGCAUGAAAGGAAGAGUGCCAUGACCCCCACGCAGAGGGACAGUGUCCCAGCCAAAUCUCCAGUGUCAGGGGGUGACCCUGUCACCUCUCACAGUCCUUUUGACCCCCACCACCGGUCUGUGGUGCCUGGAGAAGUGUAUCGUCCCCACCAUCACCCACACCUGGACCCUGCCUUGGCCUUCCGAGUCCUGGACCCUGCUUACAUGUUCCCUAGGCAGCCGUCCCCAACAAGCUUCCACAAUACCUACCAGCUGUACACCAUGGAGAACACGCGACAGACCAUCCUCAACGAUUAUAUCACGUCUCAGCAGAUGCAAGUCAUCCCGCGGCCCGACGUUGCCCGAGGCUUGUCACCACGGGAACAGCAAAUCGCUAUCCCUUACCCAGCUGGAGCCAGAGGGAUUAUUGAUCUAGCCCAGAUGCCUCCAACUAUCCUGUUGCCUCACCCUGGGGGAACAGGUACUCCCACUUUGGAACGCAUCGCCUACCUCCCAGGAGCUCAGCCCCCUUUCCCUCCUAGGGCUUUCAACCCAGCCUCCAUAUCGCCAGGUCACCCAGCCCACCUUGCAGCCACCCAGUCCGCCGUCAACGCAGAGAGGGAGCGGGAACAUCGGGAAAAAGAGAGGGAGAAAGAGCGGGAGAGGGAGCACCGGGAGAGAGAACGAGAGAGGGAGCGCGAGCUCCGAGAACGAGAGCGGGAGAGAGCGGUGGCAGCCGCUGCAAGUGAAUAUCUGCGUGGAGGUUCGGAUCAAUCAGGCAGGCCGGGGAGCCGAGGUUAUAUGCGUUCCCCUUCCCCCUCCGUGAGGUCACAAGAAGGCGUGGUCCAGCAACGACCCAGCAUCUUCCAAGGCACCAACAGCAAGAGUGUUAUCACCUCCCUUGUACCCCAGUCAACGGCAGCAGCUCAGGCUAGCUCUCGUUACAGCACUGCAGCUGAUGCCCUGGCUGCCUUAGUGGACGCUGCAGCCUCGGCCCCACAGAUGGAUGUGGCCAAGGUGAAGGAUGGGAAACGCGACCGGGAGGAUGAAAUGUCUUUGUCUGCUGCAGCACGGCGGGCAGCUGAACAUCAGCAGCAGGAGGCAGAAAGACGCUCCAUGCAGUCUCCCUACGGUGCCAUGUCACUGCCGGGGGGUAAGCCCCACCCGGCCUAUGCAGAGGGUCCUGGUCUAGGAGGCAAGGAUAAGGGCCCCCAAACCAAGUCUCGCAUCGAAGAGGAGCUUCGCACCCGCGGAAAGACCACCAUCACAGCCGCCAACUUCAUUGAUGUCAUCAUCACCAGGCAGAUAGCCUCAGACAAAGACUCCAGAGAGAGAAGUUCUCAGAGUUCUGACUCCUCCAGCAGCUUGUCAUCCAGUCGAUAUGAGAACCCAAGUGGAGGAGCCAUUGAAGUGAUCAGCCCUGCCAGUUCUCCAGUCCAGCCACAGCAAGACAAGCCAGAAGACAGACAACCACAAGCAGCAGCUGCAGGCAUGCGUGGCUUUGACAUGAAUCGUUACCGGCCACCAGGGGAACCACAGCCCAGUCCUCAGCAGCCCCCCUCUUCCCAGGCUGAUAACUAUUCCCAGAUCCCCAAGACCCACCGAGUCAUGACCUUGGCAGAUCACAUCUCGCACAUUAUAACCCAGGACUUUGCCCGGAACCAGGACCCUCCUCCAGCCUCCUCCUCUGCUAGUACCACAUUCCAGAGCACAAUGCCACUCGUAUCCACCACCGGUCGCACCAAGGUGCCGAGCCGCUACAGCCCAGAGAACCAGGCCCCACACCACCAGAGGCCCUCCAGCAGAGUAUCCCCAGAGAAUGCCCAUGACAAACCUAGAGCCAGGCCCGGUAAAUCCCCAGACAGAGGAGGCAGGCCAAUGGAGAAUUACGAGCCCAUCUCCCCUCCCCAGAGCUAUCAGGGCAUGGACAAACAGGAUGCUGGUGGUCCGCCGCCCCAGAGACGAGAGACUGACAACCCUGAGAUCAGGAGUGACUCGCGCUCCCCAGGGAGCGUCAGCUACCUGCCUUCUUUCUUCACCAAGUUGGAGAACACCUCCCCUAUGGUGAAAUCCAAGAAGCAGGAGAUCUUUCGUAAGUUGAACUCCUCCUCUGGUGUCGGUGAUUCUGAUGUUGGGAACGCACAACCAGGCACGGAAAUUUUCAACUUGCCCGCUGUGACCAGCUCAAGCAGCAUCAACCCCAGGAAUCAAUCCUUCAGUGACCCGGCCAGUAACCUGGGCCUGGAGGACAUCAUCCGUAAAGCCUUGAUGGGCAACCUUGAGGAGAGGCAGGAGGAGCACCAUGGAGGAGCAGGGUGUCAGUCUGGCAAUGGCAAUACACCCAGCACCGGAAAUGAGGCUCGUCAGGAGGCCAACCCAUCACCCAGUAUGGGCAAACAGAAACUGCAGAGCAAAGCCAAUAGCCGAAAAUCCAAGUCACCUAACCUGGGUCAGGCGUAUACAGGAGGGGAGCGGCCCUCUUCGGUUUCCUCCGUCCACUCUGAGGGAGAUUACCACAGACAAGCCCCAGCCUGGACCUGGGAGGACCGGCCAUCCUCCACAGGCUCGAUGCAGUUCCCCUACAACCCUCUGACCAUGCGCAUGCUGAGCAGCACGCCACCCACCUCCAUAGCUUCCUCCUCCAUCCAGAGCCAGCAGCCUCCUCCGGCAGGGUCCUCCAUGGUCCAGCAGCGAGUGUGGGAGAGGGAGCCUUUGCUGUCAGAGCAGUACGAGACCCUGUCGGACAGCGACGACUGAACCCGGCCUGCUAGAUACCCCACAUGAGAGAAGAGGCCUGGUCUAUACCCCACCCCCCUUCCCUCACAACUGUCCUCACUCGCUGGUGAGUGUGGCGAACGGAAGGGGGUGGCAUCCCUUUUUGGUGCUAUGGCGCCCCCUGGCUGUAAAGCUGAGGCGAAGGGCAGCAGCUUGUGACAGGCUUGACCACCCACAGAACAGACUCCUAUUGGUCGGAAAGCACUGGCCCUAGCCUGUCUGGGAAAUAAUGACCGCGAGGAUAUAUCUGAGCUGCAAGAAAGAUGACUUUUCUAUGUGAAAAAGAAAAUGAGAAGGCAUUUUGUUUGAUUUCUGUAAAGAUAAACCUUGUCUUUAAGAAAAUCAUUGUAUGUAAAUAGAGUAACUUUUUUGCAGUGUUUUUCUUAACUUGAUUAUUUCUUAUUUUAAUGUCGCUUUUCAAUUGAUCCACUUUAAAUGGGAAGAGGAGGGUUGUAAUCUUUAUUAUCACAGUCGGACUCUCCCCAUGGCGAUCUAUUGCUGCCCCACGUCCCCCGCCCCAUUUACCGUGGUGAAGCUAAAAGAGACUCAGACCUGUGGUUCGUAUUGACAGUGAGUGGAGCACAGAGAAGCGCAGGUCCCCCUCGCCCCCGCCCCGCCCGCCCGCUAUUCACCGAGCACCACCAGAGUCUGAACAUUGUGGACAGCAGUGAGGGAAACAAACGCGCGAGCUUCAGUUUUGCGUGACGAUUCCAUGUCUGUCCCCUGGAACGCUGUGUGUGGAGGCAAUGCACAGACUAUGACAGUAUCAGCCGGGAAAGGAAACUUGUGCCAUCCCCCCCGUUCAUGGAAAAAGAGAAAAAGGUCUUUGGAACAAGUUGAACACUGGUGUCAGAGCAGAAGGGUGUAGAAGUCUCUUAUAAGCUUAAUAUUGCCGUAAACAAUGUUCUGACUACUUUUGGGCCCUGUGUUGAUCUGAAUUAUGAAAGUGAGCCAUUUAAUUAAGAAACAGAAAUCUUUCAUGAAGCUGACCGUGGUGCAUGGUGUAGCACAGCCUCACCUCCAGCUGUCUCUAUGGUUUCCAACCCGCACAAAAUGUUCUGCUCUGCAACAUUGUCAUGGUAACUUGAGUACGUCAAGAAUCUUUUUUUUUUUCUUCUUCCCUUUAGAGGUUUUGCCAUGCCUUGUGGCUUGAGAAGAGAAGGCAGCUUUAACUGAUUUCCUCAGAGAUCAACAUUGGUGUUUCAUGUUUGCAUUUGUUUCUAUAGUCCCUCUUUUUUCUUCUUUUUUUUUUUUUAAAUACUGUCCUUCCAGAAAUCUGAACUCUGUGUAAUUUGUCUAUCCAUUUGACAGAGACGAAACUAACCAAACAUAAAAAAAAAAGAAUGGUCUGCACCAUUGUUGCACUUUUAUUUGCUUUGCAGCGGUUAACAACAAAAGUAUACUACCUGUUAUGUAACUUAUUCAAUCCUCCAGCGCAGGAGAAUACUGAGGGUGUGCUUUAACGUUUCCAGUCCAGGUCCCACGGAGACCUGGACGUUUCAAGUCCCUGUCUUUUCUUGUAGCUGGUACAUAAUUUUGACAGCGUGACCACGUGGGUCACAGUCAGAAUUUUAGUGUAUGGUACCAUUUUAAUGUUGGGGAGUUUUGCUGCCAUUCGAUACCGUUAACGUUUAAGUCUUUGUUCUCCUCCGAGCAACGUUACCUUCGGUCGUGUCCAUCAGCAGGCAGGAAGCUGUUAAAUACGAGUUGGUGUGAGGUCAGUGCUGAUAAUGGCAGUAACCAUCCCUUGCAAGUCCUUUCCAGAUAUGUGAAACCAUACCAUCGUUCUGGCUUUCUCAACCUCGCUCUGCUCAACUUACAAAUACAUUCUGCUCUAAACAUGUGCCCUUUCCCUUCAUUUUGAAUUUAAAUCGUUUGUCAUAGCUGAUGUUUGCUUUUAUUUUCUGUCAUUUUGAACAUUAAUGUUGUUCAUCCUGGUUUGGUGGGAUGUUAUGUGUUUACACAACGGCAAUGACAAAGUUUACAAAACUUGAAUCUUAAAAAUCGACAUGAAGCCGCAAAAGAAUCGGAGCGUCUUUUUAGCUCUUUAUCAAACACACAGUCGUGACUUUUUUGUCUUUUUGAAAUUGAGACUUGAAACCCCAUGUAUCCUAUGAUGUUGAAAUGCAAUGUUUUCAUCGCACAAUGUCUCUUAGUAGUCUAUUACAAGAGUUCAGACCAAUCAAAUAAAGUGGAUCAGUUCUCCACCC